GUUUGAACCCGUUGAACUUUGCUACGUGCAGGUGCAGUUUAGAUAAAUAAAAAUUUUUGCAAGCAAACGACUGAUUGCUAAAAAUUACAACGUUGGAGAUGGCAUAAAGAUGAAUAUUUAAUUAGCUAGCAGAUAGCUCUCUUCCUGUGUACAGUUUACGGAGGUGUUAUUGAUCGACGUCCUACAUAAACGCUGUAUUGCAGUACAAUACAAUAAAAAUGAAUUCUGGCGAAGAUUACGACGUUCCACCGUCUCCCCGGCCUAUACAGUACUACUCUUCACCGUCUGACAGUGGUAGAGGAACACCGAAAUUUUUCGAUCCUAUAUACGAUCUGGUAGAUGAUCAAAGAGAUUCUGCAAUCGGUUUAGGAGAGAAUCGUUUAUCAUCAGCUUCAUCCCUACCCUCUGUAGGGUUCGAAGAAUUGAAUUUAUCAAGGGACGAGGCAGUAUCGGCUAUUUUAAAGGUUGAAAAGAACCUAGAUUCGGCUUGUAAUCGAUUACUAUCAGCCUCCUCAGCCAAGCAGAUAGAUGCCACUUUCGAGCGUCAAGUUCAUUCGGCAUUCAAUAAUGUUAUUACUAGUUUAAGAGAGCUAUUAGAAUUAUGCAAAGGUUCAAUCGGUAGUGCAGAUAGGAAUUGCGAUGAGAAAUCUGUACCAAAGAAAUUAUUCUCCCUUUUGGAACCAGUCGAUAGCGCCUUUGGAACCCUUACAUCGAAUAUUCACAAACUGGAUAGAUGUGGGUGGAAUUUAAAAUCAUCUGUCGAAAUCCUACAAGCUUCCCUGGCAGUCGUACGACAUCUUAUAUCCGAUUGUGGACGAUUGAUAACGGUUAUACAAGCAAAUAGCUCAUCGAUUUUUAAUCCCGAUAUACCAGUCAAGACGGAAGAUUCAAUGACAGCAGUCUAUUCAACUCCUAAACCAAAAACAGCACCAAAACCAAAAAAAAACAUAUGCAUAGUCCGAGCAUUAAAUAAUAAAUUAACGGGUGAAGAUCGUCAUCUACUCGACGAUUACAAGUCUUUUGUAGAAAAGCAAUGCAACAUAGUUCAAAGUUACGUAUCAGCCUAUACAGACAGCGUCUCUAGCAAGGACCAACCGAUCGUUUAUGUGGAAAAGAUUCGCCAAGUAGUCGUCAGUGCUCAAGCCCUCGUUCAUGUUACUGACACCUUACACCGACAUCUAAAAUGUGAGUCAGUAAGAGAAGGCAUUUACAAAGUUGGAGCAUCACUUUGUGAAUCUUUAAAAUCCUGUGUUUUAGAAGCAAAAAAAGCUUUAGAAAUCCACAAUCACAGUAAAACAACUACUGAUUGCGUCAACGAGAUUUUACAUUACGUUAAACAAGUGAAAUUAAGUUUCGAUACAAAACCUAAUAAUCGUAAAAUUGCGAAAAGAGAAACUCCUGACGCCUAUAACGAACGUCAAAAUGGGGAAGAUGAUGGAGAAGAUAGCAUAGACGAUGAUAUAGAUGGUAGUUUAGAAGAUGAAAGAGAUGAUAAUAAAGAACGUGGAGGAGAGACUAGAAAAAGCUACAAUUUUGACGACGAAGGAGAAGAUGAUGAAACGGAAGGUGACGAAGGUGAAGAAAGCAAACAAAGCGACCAGGAAAAUGACGGGCAAGAUGAUGACGACAAUGGUGAAGUAGAGGAUUAUAAUAAAGAUGAUGGUGGGGAAGGGGAUCGUAAUGAAAAUAAUGGGAUAGUUGGAACUGAAGAUGACGACGAUGGACAAGGUGAUGAAAGUGAAGAAGAUGAAGAAGAAGACGAGGGGAAAGGUGAUAAGAAAGAGGAAGAAGACGAGGAAGCAGAAAGAGACGAAGCGAACGAGGAAGAUGAUGAAGAGGGGGCAGAAGACGAAGAGGAGGAAGAGGAAGACGAUGAGGAUGAGGAAGAAGAUGAGGAUGAGGAUGAAGAUGAGGAGGAGAACGACGAUAAUGACAAUAUUUAG